AGGCGUGUCGGCAGUACAGUGCUAUCUGUGACAGCCUUGGGAAGGUUGAGUUCGAUCCUCAUAACGAUCGCCUAGAUAAGUUCUGGUUCAACAAUCUUGUCCCAUGGUCAGGCGUCUGUGGAAAGGGUCUUUUCGGUCAACCGAAACAUAGAGGCUGACAACAUGUCAGAGAAGACGCUGGUGGCUAGAAGAAUAAUCUGCGACCAUAUCAAAGCUGUUGGUUACCAGAAUCUGUCCGUGGACAAGAAGCUUCUGCUCUCUGCUGCCAGUGCCAGACAGAAGUACAUGGCCUAUCUAGAAGAGGAGAAACGUGCUAAGGCCCAAGCCUCUACACAGACCUUGAAACGUAACCUAGAAGAUGAGGUGGACGUUGUCAGGAAGCGUAAGAGGCAGAUUGAGAUUGAUGUGAAUAAAUUGUUACGCAGUGCUGACACGCUUGCUAAGCAAGCAGAGGACAGGGGAAGCUUAACCAUGCUAUCAAAAUCUAACAGUCUUCGUCGCAUUGCCCAAGAAAAGCAGGAGCUUCUCAACGGUGUUUCCAAGAAGCUAGAGGAUAAGUUACUCCUGAUUAAAAAUAACUAGAGGCUAAUGUUCAAAACAAUUUGUCCUGGAAAUGUCCUGGAAUUUCAUCUCACUUAAGGUGUACGAACCCUGACUGUUAUCAGGUAUAUGUAUA